AUGAAGACCCCCAGUUCGUCUCGGAACCCGCUGGCCGGGGACCUGGAGUCGAGUGGGGGUCUCAUGGGAUUGAGUCAGCUUUUCAAAGCGACCCAGGCGCCCUCAUCUCCCCUGACGGAUGUUCCACAGCCUGACAUCGUGUCGGACCGCCCAUCACCAAAUCUUCCCAUACAACCUCAACGCAUCGUCAAUAAUGUGUCCUCUCCGCUGGUGCAUUCCCGGGUGUUGUUUGCGAGGGAAUCGUCGGAGCUGAAUCUUAAUUACAUCUCAUUGAAAGAGUCACAGUCACGGCGAGACAAGUCACUUGGAGAACGGCUCACGCGCUCAGCCGAUAACAUGGAUGACGAGAUCGACCAAGUGUUUUAUAAAGAAUCGAGCUUUGUGGAGAGAGCAAGAAGACAACGUGAGCUGGACAAUGAAGCCGGUGCGCAAUUCGCUGCUUUAAAGGCUUUUGCGCGACCCAAGUCUGACGCAACUACCUCGCCGAUGAAUCCAAUCCUCGAAGCGCUCGACGACGAUCCGAUGCCUGACGUCGCUGGAAGCGAAGAAGAAACCGAGCAAGAGGAAGACAAUGGCCCCCAAGUUCCCCAAUCCCAGGAGGCACCCCAAUCCUCGGAAGAGGACAAGGAAAACUACAACGGGCCACCAGCGCCUGUUGAUGCAGCGAAUAUUGCACAUGAUCGUCUUUCGCAGGCGCUCACCAUGGAAGGAAGCCUCUCUCGCGUGAACACAAUGGUAGAGCCGGAGAUAGUACAUUCUCAACAGGGUGCCAUUCUUGAGGACCAUGAUCAGUACAGUGGUCGUUCCUCGCAAGUGAUGGUCAAGGAUUCACAGCAAUCACCGCAACCAUCGGCUACUCCUAAGCACAAUGAUCAACAUACUGUGGACCGACCAGCGCCAUACGAGAUACAAGUUGAUCCGACCUCUGACGUUGACGGCCUAACUCCCACUCGGCGCAGUUUACAUUCAUCGCCUCCGGCCUCAAGACCAGGAAGUAGGCCAUUAUCUCGACAUCACUCUCUCUCUCCUGUAAAGAGCACUCAUCUCACUCAUCCGCCUGUCAUGCAGCCAAGUCAAAAUGCGUCGUUCGCUGAGAAUCGAGGGGUUAAUUCCAGCAACCCCUCCCAGCAAGGAAUUUCACGGCCUUUUCUCACUAGAGCCGUAUCUGGAAAUGGGGAGAAAUCCUCUUCGUUGCCCUCGCGUGUAACAGAGACGCCAGUUCAUCUAAGACCUCAGAACAAUGACAUCGGAAGAUUGACAAGCAUUCCUGAAACGAGUCCUCGUCGCACCGAACCUAAUGAAUGGGAAGGACAAUCCAAUGGCGGCGAAGGGUUCAACGAAGAUGACGAUCUCCCUCCUAUGUACGCUACUGGUCCUCCUAAUCGAGCCAGCCAGCUCCGUCCAUCUCAAACACGCGCCCUGUCUUCUCCCAUCAAAAAUAUUCAGUCACAAGCCCUCCCACAAGUGCUGUCUAGUCCAAGUGGACGACAGCGACGCAAGCUGACUGAUAUUGCCUCGGAUCUAUCUCCCCAGGUCCAAAUGAAGUUUGGCGAUUUUGGAAACUUUUUCACGGCCGAUGACGAGGCGUAUCAUGAGCUUGUUUCUGAAGGGUCUCCAACCCGGCCAAAGAAGAAGCGACGUGGAAACGCCGGUCAAAAUUUUCUUAUAUCGGACUCGACGCUCACCAAUCUUCCUUCAACUCCUCGCGCACAGCCUCCCAAGACGGUUGCACGCAUUCCCGAAUGGCCCACACCCAGGGAGCCACAGUCUCGAACAGCGAUUCAUGUUCCUGCAACAAUGAACCACAAAGCCCCACGGCCUUCUCGGUCCUCUGAAAACGUGUGGGACAUUGGAGCUUCUCCUCAACAGGUGUUUCGCAGGAGAUCGAAAGCCAAGACCAUCCGACUUUCCUUUUCUCCAGAAAAAGAUGAGCCACAGCCUCUCGUGGCGAAGGCAGCAAUUGAGGCACCCGCGAGAUCAGUCACGGCUCAACACAACCAACUUGUGCCUUCUUCCGAACUCACUGACGUCGAAAUUGAGCCCGAGAUGGCGCAUUCAGAUGCCACCACCCUCCAAAGUUCACCCACAAAACCACCUUCUGGCGUACCAGAGGAGAGUCAAAUCGCACCUAGCCAGGUCCUUGCCGUGUGGAUGGGCCAGAAGCGAGCCUAUUACCCUGCGACAUGUCUUGGGACACCGCUUGGCGUGUCUUCGAACAAGUACUCUGUCAAAUUUGAAGACAGCCUCCCUGUCGAAGUCGUAAGGGCGCCGUGA